UUGUUUUUUUUUUCAUUGGAAAGUCCUAGUCGCUUGCUUCAAGCACAAUGUAUCUCCCGGAAGAACUGGUAAUGGAGAUACUCUCUAGGGUUCAGUUGCCUUCUUUGGCACGACUACGAUGGGCAUCCAAAAGAUGGAACACGCUGAUAAAAGAUAAGAUACUGUCUCAGUUUAUCAUGGUUGUUGGUUCUAAGGUCAAUUUAGUGAGCUUUGAUCUCCAUGGAAUCCACAAGAACGUUGCUCCAUCUGCAAAGGUAACAAGUCAAUUUAGCCUAAAAGAUUCUAACUCUUCGGAAGAAGUCGAUAUAUGUAACGUCUUUCACUGCGACGGCUUGUUGCUAUGCACCACCAAAGACAAUAGACUUGUGGUUUGGAAUCCGUGUUCACGUGAAACCAGGUGGAUUCAAGCCCGACCCGGAAACUCCUACAAAAAGACAGAUAUGUUUUCUCUUGGUUACGAUAACAAAUCCUCUUGUUACAAAAUCGUGUGGAUGUAUAAUACUUACUGUGAUACUUUUCAGUAUAUUUAUAAGUACCACGUCUAUGACUUUACCACGAAUUCGUGGAGGUAUGUUGAUUGGAAUACUGGCUGGUUAAUACGACCGUGGCUAGCUCAAGGACAGGAUCUCCCUCGGAAGAUCAGACGUGGCAUGUAUGUGAAGGGAAAUACUUAUUGGCUAGCUCAAGGACGGGAUCAUCCUUUGUUACUAAGUUUUGAUUUUUCGAGUGAGAAGCUCCAAUGUCUGUCUCUUCCCGAAGAUAUUGGUUCUUGUGAUGUGAGGGCUUUAUCAGUGACCAGACAAGAGCAACAACUUUGUCUGCUAGCUACUUAUGGCAAAGAUAAUAUUGUAUGGAUGGCAACUAAGAUUGAGAGUACUAGAGCAUUGUCAUGGAAGAAGUUGCUAAUAGCGACGGCAGCUCCUGCUCCCUAUCUUCGUGAGUUUGAUACUGGGGUAAGUUUCUUGGCGGACCGGGAGAAGAAAGUCAUAUUGUUGUAUAACUCUACGUUUAACAACAACAUACACAUUUUGGGAGAGGAUACAUACAUAGAAGUGAAGCAUCAUGGUGCAGCAGAAGCUACACAAAAUUUUCACACUGGAUUUCUCCUCGGCUAUGUUCCAAGUCUCGUUCAAAUCCAAUAA